CCUCUCAAUCAGAAUAGCAGUGAGCGCGGAGGCUGGGAACCUCUGUGCUGCGCGAGGCAUCUCCGCACUUCAGCCCUCAUAAUAAUUAGAAGCGCUUUAUCAGGAUUGGAGCCGACACGCACCAUAACGUGCUGAAGCUCCGAAAGCAUUGCUCCUUAUGGACACUCAUCAUGCGCAGGAUUAGGGCCAACGCCAUCGCCAUCCUGACCGUCGCUUGGAUCCUGGGCACCUUUUAUUACCUGUGGCAGGACAACAAGCCGCGCGCGAGCCCUUCUUCAGCGUCUCAAGCGCGCGCCGUGGGCGCUAAAAGCCGCGGGCCAAAACCCGCUGCCUCGGGGAGAGUGGACAUCCGGCGAGAGGACAGGACUCUUCCGCUUAUAGUGACCCAUCCUCCACGAGCUGAGCAGCAGGCUCAGUUGUUAGGCAGCUUUGAUGAGAAAGCCUAUUUAGCCAGUAAACAGCUGAAAGCAGGAGAGGAUCCGUACAAAGAGCAUGCUUUCAACCUGCAGGAGAGCGACAGACUGGGAAGUGAAAGGGCCAUCAGAGACACACGACACUACAGGUGUGCCUCAGUGACAUUUGACCCUGACCUGCCCUCCACCAGCAUCAUCAUCACCUUCCACAAUGAAGCUCGCUCCACCCUCUUGCGCACCAUUAAAAGUGUACUUAUCAGAAGUCCACCCCAUCUGAUACAAGAAAUUAUUCUCGUGGAUGACUUCAGCUCGGACCCUGAGGACUGCCAGCUGCUCUCUCAGAUCCCCAAAGUGCGCUGCCUGAGAAAUGAACGGCGAGAGGGUUUGAUCAGGUCUCGGGUGAGGGGAGCCGGUGCUGCUUCGGCUUCUAUCCUCACCUUCCUGGACAGCCACUGUGAGGUGAACACUGACUGGCUCCAGCCAAUGAUCCAGAGAGUCAAAGAGGAUCACACUCGGGUUGUCAGCCCCAUCAUUGAUGUGAUCAGCCUGGACAACUUUGCUUACCUGGCAGCUUCCGCUGACCUCAGAGGAGGGUUUGACUGGAGUUUACAUUUUAAAUGGGAGCAGAUUCCUAUUGAGCAGAAAAUGGCCCGGACUGAUACAACUCAACCAAUCAGGACUCCAGUGAUUGCAGGUGGGAUCUUUGUUAUGGACAAGAGUUGGUUUAAUCACCUGGGCCAGUAUGACACUCACAUGGACAUCUGGGGUGGUGAAAACUUUGAGCUGUCGUUCCGGGUAUGGAUGUGUGGAGGCAGUCUGGAAAUUUUGCCCUGUAGUCGCGUGGGCCACGUUUUCAGGAAACGCCACCCUUACGACUUCCCAGAAGGCAAUGCUCUCACCUAUAUCAAGAACACACGACGAGCUGCAGAAGUGUGGAUGGAUGACUAUAAACAGUACUAUUAUGCAGCAAGACCUUCUGCUCAGGGAAAGGCCUUUGGGAGUAUCGCUGAUCGACUGGAUCUGAGAAGGAAGCUGAACUGUAACUCUUUCCGCUGGUAUCUGGAGAAUGUGUAUCCCGAGCUCAAGAUUCCAGAGCAGAAGGGUACAUACAGUCUGCUGAAACAGGGAGGACUCUGUCUAGAGAGCUACAACAGAGACAGUCUGGGUCUGGCAGAGUGUAAGAGCGGCUCGAGUAUACCUGCGACACAGAAAUGGAUGCUGGUUGAACCUCAGAUUCGUCAACAUGACCUGUGCUUGACUAUCACAGCAUACUCAUCAGGGUCAAAGGUCAGACUGGAGCACUGCAGCCCUAAAGAGUCCAGACAGAGAUGGAAGCCCAGAGGACCGGCACUGCAGCACUUGGUCAGCGGUUUGUGUUUGGACAGCCAGCCCCCAGCAGGCCCGCCGGUUAUCGCACAGUGCCGCCCCCAGAUGGCCAGCCAAUCCUGGGAGCCUCAGCUGGUCACCUGACUUUGAGACGGCGGGGUGAAGGAGAGCGAGAGGGAAGGAGUUUCGAAGGGUCGCAGAAGCUUGCUGUGCUUUAGGGCCAAGAGGAACAUGUCUGCACGCUGUUUUAGUUUGAUGGUGCUGCUUUGAGACAAGUAAACCACGGCCAUGUCCAAAAACCACUUUAGCACCUUUACAUCCUCUUUUGUCAUUUUACCUCUGAUCUUAAAUAAGAGGCCAAAAAAAACCUCAUAUUUCUCAUAUUUGCAGGCUGCUUCUGUUCAGUCAUGUUUAGACCUGGUCGAGGUUUACAACAUAAAUGGGAUUGUCCCUGGCUUACAGAAGAAGGUUGUAACAUUUUGUUGUUUUGUUUUUUUUCCUGUUGUGUUGCUUAUGGACUCAAAGGGAAAGACUAGUUAUGUAUAUUUAUGCCUUUUACUGCCUUUGAGAACAGCCACUGAGCCUCCACCUGUAUAAUAUCAUUCCCUCAUGUAGAUGAUUUCCUAACACUUAUUAUUGAAGUCAGUGUUUCUCUUAAAGCAGCAUUAUUAAAUAUUUAUCCAUUCUGAUCAUCGAAGCCUUAGAUAAAUGGAUAAAAUACAAUGCAUCAUGUGUACGUGCUUUAAAAGUCGUCUUUGGAUUUUUCUUUUUAGACAACAGACAGGUUUUAAUAUGAGCUUUGUGCUUACAGCAGGUUCGAAAAACAGGCUUCACUGAGCUUGCCUGGUUGUAGCCAGCAGGUUGUAGCCUUGUGAUCUUUCAUCCAUGAUCCCUGGAUACCUUGGACACCGAGUUUGGAUACCCGAUCUCUGAAUUGCAGAAAGUAGCAAGAAAUGAAACCUCUGAAAAUUUAGAGCUGAAACUUUAUCAAAGAAUGAACAUGAGAAUGUAGCAGAAUUUGAAAGUAUUAUGAAGCUGUAUAUAAAUCUGGGCUAACAACUUCAUUUAGGUUUAAUUUUAGAUCACUUGCAAGUGCUUAUAAUGAUUUACGAUUCUGCAUGGUACUGUGAAGCACCACAAAAAAAGAAGACAUUUGUAAUGUCACAUCCAAAGACCUUGUUUUUGUUUACAUUUGUUUGCCAUCAUUUUGUAAAUACUUAAACCUAUUUCUUUGCAAUCAUGAACAAAGUGAGAACUCUUGUAAGUUGAAAAAUAAAGUCUAUAGCCCAGAAAACUGA